CUGCCCAAUCGCCAUCGGAAUGGAGGCCACGUGAGUUCCCAAAGUAGUUUCGGCGAAAAGAUCAAGGAAGCAUACUUGGAAUCCGCCGAGUUCUUCGCCAAGCUGGUCGACGGCGUGGACAUUGACGCCUGGGAAGAGCACGCGCUGGGCCAGUGGACGCUUCGCGACUUGGCCGGCCACACCUACCGUUCCAUCAGCACCGUUGUUGGCUACUCCGAGAAGCCCGCGCUACAGGUGGACGUCGAGUCCACGACUCAGUGGAUUCUGAAUGUCAGGCAGAACGCGAAUCCCGACCGGGUUGCCGAGCUGGGCCGGUCAGCUGGUCUGGAAAUCAUGGACAGCCCGACGAUGAUGGUGCGCGGAUUCCUGAACAUGGCAAAGGAGAGGGUCAACGACCUGGAUGAUGACUUCAUACUUGCCACGCCCCAGGGUGGAAUGAGGUUAAUCGACUACCUCCAGCUUCGCACCAUGGAACUGGUCAUCCACGGCGGCGACUUCGCACGGGCAUUGGGCGUCGAGGCAACGCCCCCGCAUAGCGGAAUGCAGGUCGCCCUGCAGGUGCUAGCUGGAGUCGCGGUCGCCGAAGGCCGCGGCCCCGCCCUCGCCAGCGCCCUCACCGGCCGGACGGUGCUCCCGGCGGGCUACAACCUGCUCAUCUGA